GUCUCCUCCUCCUGAGCGUCAUGACGUCAUGACGCUACCUCACCGGGCAGUCGACGCAGUGUAAGGACGCAGGCUGCGGUAACGACACCAUGAACAUAGCACGACAAGUUCUGAAUUGCUCCAAGUUUGCAUGUCAUUCAGCUAACGUCAGCUGCAGGAGAAGGUUUUGCACUUCACAGCACAUAAUGACAUCACGGCACACAAACUCCAAAAGAAUUGAGGGACUGGACAAGAAUGUCUGGGUGGCAUUUACUUCAUUGGCAGCUGACCCAUCCGUUGUUAACCUGGGCCAAGGCUUUCCAGACAUCCCUCCACCUUCCUACGUCAAGGAGGCCCUAGCAAAGGCUGCAUCAGUGGACAGGAUGAACCAGUAUACCAGGGGCUUUGGUCAUCCAUCUUUGGUGAAGGCCCUUUCUCAGGUUUAUGGGAAGGUCUACGGGCGCCAGAUUGACCCCCUCAAUGAAAUCCUGGUCACAGUGGGAGGCUAUGGUUCCUUAUUCAGCACCAUGCAAGGACUGGUGGAAGAGGGGGAUGAGGUCAUUAUAAUAGAACCUUUCUUCGACUGCUAUGUACCGAUGGUGCGGAUGGCAGGGGCCAAGCCUGUGUUGAUACCGUUACGCCUUAAGUCUGGAAAGAAGACAGUCACGAGUGCCGACUGGUUUCUUGACCCGGAUGAGCUUUCCAGUAAAUUCAACUCCAAGACAAAGGCCAUCAUCAUCAACACCCCCAACAAUCCUAUCGGGAAGAUUUUCACCAGAGAUGAGCUGCAGAUGAUCGCUGACCUCUGUAUUAAACAUGACACUCUGUGCUUCAGUGAUGAGGUUUAUGAGUGGCUCAUCUACAGGGGACACCAACAUGUCAAAAUAGCCACUCUGCCAGGAAUGUGGGAUAGAACAAUCACUAUCGGCAGUGCAGGGAAAACAUUUAGUGUAACCGGAUGGAAGCUUGGUUGGUCUAUAGGACCUGAGCACUUGAUAAAGCAUCUUCAGACGGUCAUGCAGAAUACUAUGUACACCUGCCCGACACCUUUACAGGAGGCUGUGGCACAAGGCUUGCUGCAUAACCUUGAGCUGAUGGGUCAGCCAGAGUGCUACUUCUCCUCACUGGCAGAAGAACUGGAGGGCAAGAGGGACCGCAUGGCUGCCAUCCUGCAAGAGGUUGGCAUGACUCCUGUCAUCCCGGAGGGAGGUUACUUCAUGCUGGUGGACGUCACGUCUCUCAAUCAGGACCUGUCACAUAUGGUCGAUGACGAGGCCUACGACUACAAGUUUGUAAAGUGGAUGAUUAAAGAAAAGAAACUGGCAGCCAUUCCAGUCACAGCGUUUGUUGGAGAGGAGUCCAAGAAGCAGUUUGAGAAAUACAUUCGCCUAUGCUUCAUUAAGCAAGAUAGUACUCUCGAUGCAGCAGAGACCAUCUUGAAAAACUGGAGGAAGAUUUAAUGUGAUACGGUGUCUGAGGUCUUCAGCGGGAUUUCAGGGAGGAGGAACAUCUCUGAGCAAACUGAAGGAAUGGGACUCUACUGUAACAUUGCACACUAGAAGUUUGUAGAAUGCCAAUGGUGAAACCGUUAAUAGCAAAAAGCCUGUCCAUACUGUGACCUUUAAAUGAUCGUAGAAUCCUUGAAUAUUUGCAUAGAGGGUUAACAUCAGACACACGUAGGUAAGUAAAGGACUGCUUCAACUGAACCUUUUUUAAGUAAGUUUUAAGUAGAAACAACGUUAUCACAGUAGUUCUAGUGACUUAUGUAAGCUUAUAUCAUAGACUUUGUCGUGCAGUUUCCACAGAUUUAUGGCUUAUUUUUUAGCUCAGUUUAGCAAUAUGGUACAGCUGGACAAUGUGGCUAAAUAUAGAAUUAUAUUUACAUUGUAAGUGACGAUAAAAUGUCUCUUAGAAAGGAUUUUUCUUAUCAGGGCAAUGUUUUUGAUAGAUGAACAUUACAUUUUUUUUGUAAUUUACCUUUUUUAAUAAUUUAAUACACAUAUUAAAAACCGAAAUUUAAUCAAAGUAACUUUGUGAAUCCUUUUAAAAAAUAAAAAUCUUCGUAUUUGCAUGUUGGGCAAGGUUGAGCGACGUAAGUGAGCACGAGACUACAAACGGCAGCUCGCGGUCCCAGUUAGGCUCACUGACGUUAGCUUACACUAACACAGGCCAUGCAGUUCGUCAGGAGCGUUAGACACUAGCAAUGUUGAACUUGUUUCUGUUUUUGGUUGCUCGUUGCGUCGGGUUAAAUGCCGUCUCAAAAGUAGUCAAUAGCUUAUUCAUUUUUACUUAUUCAGAAAGUUAAACCAACCGUGAGAACGCGGUCAACUUUGGACCUUCACAGUCUCAGCAGAAACAACAGGUAUAUCUCGACUUCAAGCAUAGUACUUUUGAGUAAAAUCUUUUCUAAGCACCCGUUGACAUAUUUUAUGUCGAUACUGGUGUUUGCUUUAGUUGUGGAGUCUACUUAUGAAGAUGAAAUGUCUGCAUUUUGCUUAUAAUAACGUCAAACUUCCAAUUGACCCUGUUAACAUGGUUUGAGUUGCCAACUUUAUAUGUUUUCCUUUACAAUGUAUGGGCAUAUUUUCUUAUGUGAUCUCAAUACUGUUGACAUACAGCUUAUCGGUGGUAUGAAAACACAUUACAGUGUUGAACAAUGAGAAACUAAUUUUCCUUAUUGAUGUCAGAUAUAUAUUACACCUUGAUCUCGGGGUCAAAGGAGUAGCAGUGUUACCUAUUUUGGCUGAUUCGAAAUGAAUGAGUAGUUUAAACUGUUUAGAUUUCAGCAUUUGAUGUGGUAUCUAGAGCUCUGUAAAAUAAGUAUUCUUCUGCUAUUCUGAUUUGAAUGUGCCACUGCUCUGAAGGUCAUCCUUCAGUUGAACAGAGUUUCAUGUGAAGGAUACAAGCUUAAGCACAAAGCUUUCCAGGAACUGGUCUUGGAGGCACCAGGUGGUAGAUCUCUGCUCAGGGAGCAGUUGAGCAGAACUAUAUGAAUGGACGUUAUUCAUUACAUCAUUUUGACAUGUCCCAGCUGGAAAGGUGGCAUGAUGGAAAACAUCUGGUUCUCUUUCGAGAGCUGGUUGGUUCAGAUGUUGGAUCAGAAAUUAAACACAACUUUGUGUGUAGCCGGAGCCCUUUUUACUUUUAUUAGUCGGAUUUACAGAUUAAGUAUUAUGUGACGUAUCAGUCAGAAAAGAUGAAUACAUUCAGCUAAUAUUACAGAUAGUUCUCAUAGACCGCAGACAAUCUGUGACAGUUUCAGUGUACAGUAUGAAUAUUACUUACUAGGUAUGUCUGAGAGACCAUGAUGAAUGUGGUGCCAGUUGGCCAAUAGGUGAUGCUGUAGCAACAUGACCUAACUGUAAAUGAAGGAAUAUGUCUGUGUGUCUUUGUUUCCUUCGCAUAUCUUGAGAAUUGUUCCAUACAAUGUACUUUAUACUUCAAUGUGAAUGGACUUAGAAUCAAUUUCAGAUGAAUUGAUCUUAUUGUUUAAUUGUUUACCACAUUUCUUUUGUCCAAAUAACUGGACUGAUAGAGAUUUCUCAAUGGUCGGUGAUCAUAUAUUGGGGGCAGGUUGGCCAAUAUAAAAUGCAGAUAUCAUGCUUUUUAUUUUUUGGGGUUUCAAUUGUUAUAAAAUAUAACAAUUUAAUUAAUUCAACAGAGUAUAGGAACUUAAAUUAACAUUUAUUCAUUGUCUGCAAUGUCUUAGUCUGCUUAAGUUAUUCUGCACUCUGUCUGCAGUGCACUUAUUUUACAUGCAAAAUAUGUAGCAACUUAAUGAUUUCUACAAUUAAUCAAAAAACUAAACUUUGUUAAAAGAAAAACAAGAUAAAAAAACAAUUUUAUACAUGACGGGUAUUCAUCUGUAGGUAGCAAUAACAUCUUUUUGUGCACUUAACAUUUGUCAGCAGAUAGCAGCAUCUUCUUGUUUCUGAACGGAAGUGUGUAAACUUGAGUAAAUAAAAAUAUUUAAACAAUGUUAGCUCAGUGGCCUUCCUUGGUGUUGGCUAACAGCAGCUACACUGCUUGUAGAUGCGUUUGCAGUAGGGAUGGAUAUCAUAAGGAUUUUAUCGAUACUACUACUUUUAUCGAUACUCCUAUUCAGUUUGGUACUUCAUCAAUACUAUAUCGGUUCUCUUUCAUAACUAAAAACUUGCACUUUAAUAUAUUAUUUAAAAAAAAAAAAAAGGAUUAUUUCACAAAGGGAUUAGCUGUAUACAUCCCUAGUCUGCAGACGUUUUGUUUUAAUCGUCCUUGUGAGCGCGGAAAUGGGCUGAUGCCGAUUAUCUUAAAAUGGAUAGGGUUGUAUUCUAAUGUUACUGACUAAAUGGAGAAAAUCAGCAUGUUAAUCAGUGCAAGCCUCUCCACCCCAUGGUUUUGUUUUCUUAAAUCACUUUAAUUAAUAAAUCCUGCCAUGUGUGUCAUACGCUUUGCAAUGCACAUGUCUCUACUUUGUCACUAGGGAGAAUAAAGA